CCUUCCCCGCCAGCCCGCGCGCCGUGGGUGUGCGUCACGUCCGGCGGCGGGACCCGGAAGUGGUGCUGUGGGCGGUUGCUAUGCGGCGGGCCGGCGGCGGGCCCGGAGGUGCAAUAUUUCAGUUUGUGCCUAGUGCCUCUUGUCCUGUCACUGGGCGCCACUGAGAAGAGUUUGCUUCCUUCUUUACAUUCUCCAGUCAUGCAUUGAUGCGCCAUCUCUUCCCCAGGCAGAUCAGGCCCAGCUUUCUCCAUUUGUCGUCAUGAACAGAAGAGCGAUGGCUUUGAGAAUGACUGAUGUGCCUUGUCAGGCUGAGGUGGCCAGCUGAUGUUUGAACACCAGCUGGUCUUUCUCUCUGCUGGCCAUAUCCCAAAAUGGGGAGGAUCAGCAUCUCAUGUUUGCUUCCUGCUUCCUGGCACUUCAGCAUCUCUCCAGUGGGAUGUCCACGUAUUUUCAACACCACCUUGCGACAAAUCGUUGUGAUAGGAAUACUUGCUGCUGCUGUCUCUUUGCUUUACUACUCUCUGGUAGUCAUCCGCAAUAAGUAUGGACGUGCAUACAGGGACAAGAGAUUCCACAGAUAUCUCGCCCGAGUAACUGACACUGAGGCUACAGAUACAAACAACCCCAAUCUGAACUACGGAAUCGUUGUGGACUGUGGCAGCAGCGGCUCUAGGAUUUUUGUGUAUUGUUGGCCAAGGCACAAUGGUAAUCCACAUGAUCUGUUGGACAUCAAACAGAUGAGGGACAAAACCAGAAAGCCAGUGGUUAUGAAAAUUAAACCAGGCAUUUCAGAGUUUGCCAGCUCUCCUGAAAAGGUCAGCGAUUAUAUUUCCCCACUUCUGAGCUUUGCUGCCGAACACGUGCCACGUGCAAAACACAAAGAGACUCCUCUUUAUAUUCUGUGCACUGCAGGAAUGAGGAUUCUGCCAGAAAGCCAGCAGAAGGCAAUACUUGAAGAUCUGCUCACUGAUAUUCCCGUGCAUUUUGAUUUUCUGUUUUCGGACUCGCAUGCAGAGGUUAUUUCAGGGAAACAGGAAGGAGUAUAUGCAUGGAUUGGCAUCAACUUUGUUCUUGGAAGAUUUGAACACACAGAUGAUGAGGAUGAAGCGAUUGUGGAGGUGCAUGUCCCAGGCAGUGAAAACAAAGAGGCUAUCUUCCGUAAGAGGACAGUGGGUAUUCUUGACAUGGGCGGAGUGUCGACUCAGAUAGCAUACGAAGUCCCUAAAACUGUAAGCUUUGCCUCUUCACAGCAGGAGGAAGUAGCCAAAAACUUACUUGCAGAAUUCAACUUGGGCUGUGAUGCUCAUCAAACUGAGCACGUAUAUAGAGUCUACGUUGCAACAUUCCUUGGCUUUGGAGGAAAUGCAGCACGCCAGAGAUAUGAAGACAGUCUGUUUACCAGUACAGUGCUUAAAAACAGACUGCUGGGCAAACAGACUGGCAUGACUUCUGAUUCGCCCUACCUAGAUCCUUGCCUGCCCCUGGAUGCUCAGGAUGAGAUCCAGCGGAACGGACAGAUAAUGUAUUUGCGGGGAACAGGAGAUUUUAAUCUGUGUCGUGAAAUUAUUCAACCGUUCAUGAAUAAGACUAAUGAAACACAGACAUCUCUUAAUGGUGUCUAUCAGCCUGUUGUGCACUUUCAGAACAGUGAAUUCUAUGGUUUCUCAGAGUUCUACUACUGCACCGAGGAUGUGUUACGCAUGGGAGGAGAUUACAAUGCUGCUAAAUUUACUAAAGCUGCAAAGGAUUAUUGUGCCACUAAGUGGUCUGUCCUAAGAGAACGUUUUGACCGUGGUCUUUAUGCAUCACAUGCUGAUCUCCACAGAUUGAAGUACCAGUGUUUUAAGUCUGCCUGGAUGUAUGAAGUAUUUCACAGUGGUUUCUCUUUUCCUGCGAGUUACAGCAAUUUGAAAACAGCUCUGCAGGUUUAUGAUAAAGAGGUGCAAUGGACUUUGGGAGCCAUUCUUUACCGAACACGGUUUUUACCUUUAAGAGACAUCCAGCAAGAAAACUUCCGUGGAAGUCAUUCCCACUGGAGGAGCUUCUCCUUUGUUUACAAUCACUAUUUGUUUUUUGUCUGUUUUCUGAUUGUGCUGCUCUCCAUCCUGCUUUACUUGCUAAGGCUCAGACGGAUCCACAGACGAAUGUUGCAUAACAGUUCGUCUACUUCCCUAUGGAUUGAGGAAGGCAUCCCACCACAGAAGAUUACAGGACCCUUAUGAGAUGCUGUGAUGGAGAGCUUUUAUUGGACUUGCUACACAAAAAGCCAUUUUUGCCUCAGGGUUCCUCCUUUUUGUCCCUUUUAAACCAUUGAAGAAGCAGAUUGCCCAGAGUGUGUAAUACAGCUAGGCUUUGGAAAUAUGGGAAAAUGGGGUCAACUUGGCUUAGUCUCAUUAGACAAUAUCUGCCAAAUUUUUUUUUUUUCUGUAUUGCACUUUUGUGUGUAAUGGGACGAGCAAAGGCUCGUUGUCAGUAGAUGAGUAGCAGCAGCUUAAGCUACGCAUGGUAAGAGAAUGAGUGUGAAUUCUCAUCCUCCGGGUGAGAUUGCGAGACACUGUUAGCUAGGAUGAAUGAGGACUGUUUUUAUUUUCUUUUCCAGAUUCCAGGAUUGAUAUUACUUCUCAGUUCUGAGUCUCCUCAGUCAAAGAAACGGAAGUGCAGGGUUUUCAAAAGCAGUAAGAAAACAACCGUUUAGGACAGCUUAUCUGAUUAUAUUCUGGAAUAAGUACUGUGAUGGAGAAGAAAAAUCUAUUGCACCGAAUGCUGUGCUUCCACAAAACUGCUUAAAUCAGUUUUGUUUAUUUGUGACGGUUUCCCCUUUUUCUGUCUUGGAAGCUGCAUCCUCCUAGUGGCAAAGGUCACUAUUUUUUAAUCUUUUAUUUCUAUUUCACAAUCAUUCAGAGAGAUCUCUGAAACUCCAGUAAGGUGAAGACAACUGGAAUAUGUCUAGGCUUUUGUUCCUGCUAGAGUAGACAUGCACAGUGUCUUUUUCUGGUUUUGAGUACUUUGCUUUGUUAAUUUAUAUUUUAUUUAAAACUGUUAAUUUUACUUGGAAGUAAAUUUGUCCAUGAUUAAAAGUGGGAUUUAUAUGAA